UUAGCCCGACUCUCCUCUGGUGGGCUUCAUGGAUGCUAAAACGCACAUGUAAAGAGUUGGUAGUGCGGUCAUGUUUCACUGCUAAAGAAACAAUGGAGAAUCUUCAAAACCUUCCUAUCGACGUACAAACCGGAAAACUUGUUGACUGGCUGGUGGAUCGACGACACUGCAAUUUGAAAUGGCAGAGUGCUGUAAUGUUAAUCCGAGAGAAGAUCAAUGCUGCUAUUCAGGACAUGCCAGAGAAUGAGGAGAUCAAGCAGCUUCUCUCCGGCUCCUACAUCCACUACUUCCAGUGCUUGAGGAUAGUGGAGAUACUAAAGGGAACUGAAGCGUCGUCGAAAAAUAUCUUUGGCAGAUAUUCUUCUCAGAGAAUGAAGGAUUGGCAGGAAAUUGUGUCCCUCUAUGAGGCAGAUAAUGCUUACUUGGCGGAGGUGGCCAGCCUGCUUAGUCGCAAUGUGAGCUAUGAAGGCCCAGCUCUACGGAGGCAGGUGGCCAAAGCCCAGCAGCUGCAGCAGGAGCUGAGCCGGAAGGAGGCGGAAUGCCAGAGGUCUGCCGCAGAUCUGCGGGAACGCUACUACUCUGCUUGCAAACAGUACGGCAUCACAGGAGAGAAUGUGGCACGGGAACUUCAGGCCCUGGUCAAGGAUUUACCAACAGUUCUGGAAGAAGUUGGAAAGGAUGCUGCCAAGCUAGAUGAGCUUAUCCAACUUUAUACAGCUUUCACAAACUUUGUUUGUGAGUGGUCAGAGCCGGUCCUUCCCAUGCUGACAUUCAUCCAGAAAAGAGGUAACACGACAUUCUACGAGUGGAGGAAAGGCAAGGCGCCGACAAUUGUCGAGAGGCCUGUAAUGGAGGAGGCACCUCCUGAUACAGUUACAGAAGACACGAUUGACUGGGGAGACUUAGGCAAUGGAACAGAAACCCAGGAAGUAAAUUUGGGGAUUACCGUUGAGGGUGGUGUGGACUGGGACAUCAGCCUUGAGCCUGGCUCCGAGAAAGUGGAUGCAGAUGGUAUUGAUUGGGGUGACGCAGCUCCAUUGGAAAUUGAAGUUCUAGAUGUGGGCACAGGCUGUCCUGAGGGUAUUGCUAGGGGUGAUGAUGCCCUGACGAUACUGGAGAACUCCAAGUCACGCAGUCAGUUCAUCGAUGAGCUAAUGGAGCUGGAGGUAUUCUUGACACAGCGGCUGAGUGAGAUGCAAGAAGAGGGAGAUGUCGUGGCAAUGAGUCAGUUUCAGCUGGCCCCCUCUGUCAUCCAAAGCCAAACCCGUGAACAUAUCCAGGUGAUGCUCGCAGAAGUGUGCAACCUUCUGGUGCGGCUUACCUCUCUGCGGAUGCAGCAUCUCUUUAUGAUCCAGGCCUCACCGCGGUACGUUGAGCGUGUGUCAGAGGUGCUGAGACAGAAAUUAAAGCAAGCAGACAUUCUGGUGCUGAAACGGGCCAACAUGGCUGAAAAGAUGCAGGAAGCUCUCGAGGAGCAGGCCAAACUGGAGCCUCGUAUUGACCUGCUGGUGGGACGCACCCGGGAACUCCAGAAACUGAUUGAAGCGGACAUUUCAAAGCGAUACAACAACAGACCUGUCAACCUAAUGGGGGUUAACGUGUAGUAUAGUGUCUUAAAAAGACAGACAUUCACCAGUAUUUUGCCACCAUCUGCCCCACUAUCUUGCUCAUAAUAAAUGUUUAAUUUAAUAAAAAGUGCACAUGUGUUCUCCUUUGUUUUCUGAGCCAGCACCAGUAAGACGUAAACAUUUUUUUUUCUAACGCGCUGAUUUUUUUCUUUUCAAUUGUCGAGCAUUGCUGAUGUAACUAUUAGGACAUGGUGCUCUUUGAAAUAUUCAGUAAUCACUUCCAAAAACAGGAUAGGGCAGUAACUGAUUUUGGUAACGUUUUCAAAGUGACCAGCAUAGUCUUGCUUUUCCGCUGUCUACCCCGUGCUAGGGUGGGUGUGCUGGGGGAACUCCUAAAGAAAAAAAAGAAAAAAGUGUUAUGUGUUGAGGGGGGGGGGUGUCAGCUGAUUUUUGGAGCG